UGUAUUAGCAACCAAACGUUUGUCUGUGUUUCAGUGUUCAACAAAUGGCAGAUGAACCCGUACGACAGAAGCACAGCUUUCGCCAUUGGACCAGACGGACUGUGUUGUCAAAGCAGGGAGUUUAAAGAAUGGCAUGGCUGUCGCUCUACCAAAGCCAUCACCAAGGGGAAGUACUACUAUGAGGUAUCAUGUCAUGACCAGGGCCUGUGUAGGAUCGGCUGGUCUACCAGCCAGGCAGCUUUGGACUUAGGUACCGAUAAGUACGGCUUUGGCUUCGGAGGAACGGGGAAGAAAUCUCACAACAAACAGUUUGACAGUUAUGGAGAGGAGUUCACCAUGCAUGACACCAUGGGAUGUUAUCUGGAUCUAGACAACGGACUCCUCUCCUUCUCCAAAAACGGUACUGACCUGGGCUUGGCGUUUGAGAUCCCAGCUCUUCUGAAGAACCAGCCCUUCUUUGCUUCCUGUGUUCUCAAGAAUGCAGAGCUGAAGUUUAACUUUGGGGGAGGAGUUUAAGAAUCCUCCCAAGACGGGCUUC